AUGGCCACCAGACACGCUCCCAAGCUGGCAUUGGAGACCCCCCGAGAUGAAAGAUCGAUGCUCUUUCCUCAUGGCGCCCCUUCAACUCUGACGCCUCCGGUGACUCCCACCAACAAGGACGAGAAUCGUCAUGAGAAUGCUGCACCUGCAUUAAACUCCCAACCUCUGACCCCUUGCCGCAGUCCCGACAGCGACAGAGCGGACGGGCUCCCGUCACGACCUCUGGAAUUUAUCUAUGAUCUGGAGCUGCGACGGAGCGGUGACGACGGCCAGCCGCUGGAGUAUGGCCGGGGCGUCUGGAGCGCCGUCUACAUGGCCACCUCGCGAUGGUCGUCCUCCGUCUCCGGAUUGACGCCGCCCUCCUCUCCUGCCAUGUCCAGCCGUGUCCUGGCCGUCAAGUCUCCCCUCCGUCACGAUGCGCACCCCGUCCUGGAGGCGGAAGCGCGUAUCUUGACUCGCAUAAGGGGGACUCCGGGCAAGGAUCGCUAUGUGGUUCCCUUCCACGGCUACGUUUCAGCUUCCCACUCGAUCGUCAUGUCUGCCGUGCCUCUGGCGCUGUCCACGUACAUCCGGGAUCGAGCUGCCAUCGCACAGCAGAACUUUUCCACCCGGACCAUGUUCGAUCCCGUGCUGGGCAUGGCUCAAUGGCACGACCUCGCUUUGCGGCUCAUCCGCGGUCUGUCGUGGCUCCAUAACGAGCCUGGCAUCGUACACGGUGACAUCAAGCCGCACAACAUUCUCCUCCGCCCUCGUCAGGACAGCGAUUAUGACGGGAAUCGUGAUCGGGACGUCUUCCCCUACGAACCGCUCUACGCGGAUUUCUCUUCGGCUCAUGAUCUGUUAUCGCCCAAGUCGGCCCUCGGCGGGGUUGCCACGCCCUUGUCCGCUCUAACGCCUCCUUUCGCCGCUCCCGAGUUGCUUUCGGUAGCGGCCUUGAAGUCGUCCGACGUCCUCGCGACGCAGGCGUCAGAUGUCUUCUCCCUCGCCGUGACGCUCCUCUCAGCGGCCACUGGCGAUUUGGUCCUCUACCCUGGAACGAGCAACAUACAGCGACUGGCCAUGUCCCGAGAAGGCCACCGUGUGCUUGACUUUGUUCGAUCCGGAGCGCAUGGCACCCGGGUCCCUCGCAACGGACUGGUCGAAAAGAGUCUGAAGCCGGCUGUGGUCAAAGAUCCCAGCGAGCGCAUCCGCCCCGAGGAAUGGCUGCAGGCCAUAGGCUAG